CCUGCCCAGCCGCCCUCGCCCCGCUCCUUUCUCAACGACAUGAGCAGCCCGCGGCGGCCGCCCCGCUGCUGGCUGCCAGCCUUGCUGCUGCCGGCGCUGCUAGGCGGGGUGGCCCCGCAGCCCAUGCGCUGCUCCCCCUGCACCCCGGAGAAGCUGUCGCUCUGCCCUCCCGUCCCGCCCGCCUGCCCGGAGACUGCCCGCCAGCCCGGCUGCGGCUGCUGCCAGACCUGCGCCCUCGGCCCCGGCCAGCCCUGCGGGGUGUACACGGCCCGCUGCCGUCAAGGGCUGCGCUGCCACGUCCCGCCGGGGGAGCCGCGACCGCUCUCCGCUCUCAUCCAGGGCCAAGGGACCUGCUUGCCAGCCAGCGAGGCCGGAGGGACGCGCACGGCCGAACCGACAGAUUCUCUCGAACCUGAAGACCUGCCUUUGGAAAGUACUGAGUUGACACAGGCUCAGCUGCUGAGCUAUCAGCUGAUGUUUCCCAUAGGCCAUGACAAAUCCAUCCCCUGGAAUGCCAUCACUGCAUAUGAAAAUAUGAAAGCCAAGAGAGUAUCUGAACUCAAGAAGUGGAAAGAGCAGGGACCUUGUCAGAAGGAGCUCUACAGAGCACUGUAUAAAUUGGCGAAGGCUCAGCAGCAAAGCGGAGGGGAGAUAUACAAAUUCUACUUGCCCAACUGCAACAAGAAUGGUUUUUACCACAGCAAACAGUGUGAAACCUCACUGGAUGGAGAGUCUGCUGGCUGCUGGUGUGUCUAUCCCAAAAACGGAAGAAGAAUUCCUGGAUCUCCAGAAAUGAAAGGAGACCCCGAAUGCCAACAGUAUCUCGACUCACAAGAAUAAAACUCAACACAUUAACUCCCACCAGGUUUCCUGUGGGGCCUGCCAUUUCAGGAAGGUAGCUUUUGUGUGCCUGAUUUUCAGCCUAUGAGUAACCUCAUAAAGUAGCUUUUUGACUGCAGGGGGAUUGCUCAGAUGCUGGAGUGACAGAUACCAGCAACUGCAACACCAAGUCCUAAAGCCCUGUGCAUACCUUGUUUGUAUAAUACUCUUGUGUGUAAAGCUUUUGAGUUAUUUAUUUCACAGUACCUGUAUUUUUGUGUCUGUGUGUGUUGUUACUAAUUUAUAUCCUCAAACACUUUAUAACUUUAUAUGUAAAUACUUAAUGUUAUUGCUCUUAAAUGUAUGGAUCCUAUGUUGGAGGAAUGUUGCUACUUAAAAACUCCUAAUGGCAUAACCCUGUUGGGGGAAAAAAAUG